CAAAAACAUUAGUUGUCUACUGCUAUAAAGGUGGUGGCCGGUUUGCGAUUACCUGAAUUUACUUCCUCGAGUUUAUUCGCUGUUCGGAUACGAGCGAAGCAUCAUGACUCUGGACGAGAGAUUCAACAAGGCCGCUGAGGACGUGAAGAACCUCAAGGAGCGCCCGUCGGACGAGGAGCUCCUCGAGCUGUACGCCCUCUACAAGCAGGGAAGCAUCGGUGACUGCAACAUCAGCCAGCCCGGCAUGUUCGACCCCAAGGGCCGUGCCAAGUGGACCUUCUGGAACAAGAAGAAAGGCACCAGCCAAGACGCUGCCAAGGAAGCUUACGUCGAGUACGCCUCCAAGCUCAUAGAGAAGUACAACAAGUGAACGCCGGAUCCGGCUCCUCCUCGACGCGCGUUCACCGUGAUCUGUGUCCUUCGUAUCAGCCCAAAGUCGCCUCGUUUGCCUUCUUUUUUCUUUUAUAUUUUUUGAUGGCGUACCAUCGUGUCGCUGAACAAAUUUACUUUCGUAACUGAUACAUAUGUGAUACGAGCUGUUCCUUUCUUUCUUUUUCUUCUUUUCUUUCACACGCCACUUUUCGUAGGAGCAAUAACGCUGUACAUUCACCUAAAUUAAUCCGAUCUCCCGGGAUAUUGUCGCUGCGUACGGCACGAGUAUCAGUGGAACACUUUUCUUUUGUACCGAUGAGGUGUUUUGUACAUACGGAGUAUUAAUAAAAGUGGUAAUUUUUUUU